AACUGAUAAGCUAUCCGAUAUCCUGCAAGAUAUGGGCAGAGACGUUAUUCACCUGUGUCCGGCCAUUUUUAAAGUGAGGCGUGUUCACUGAAUAUAUUACCCAUGGACUUGGUGGCAAUUGGUAACAAAGUUCAAGGAUCCUCAAGAGCACAAUUCUCGAAGAGAGCUCAGGGAACAUUUGAAAGAUUGGAUAAUAUUUGUAUGCCAUUGAAGAGAAAUGCAAUUUGAAUGUUGACAGUGUUGACCAAAUAAUUGAAGGUCUUUCAAGAAAUUGCUUAAGGAACUCAGGUGAAGAUGGCAGAAAGCAAAACCAGCCUCAACUCAAAAGGAGGGGCCAAUGUGCUUGCUAAACGGGUACAGAAAAAAUUCAGCAGGGCGCAGGAGAAGGUGUUGCAGAGGUUCGGUAAGUCUGAUGAGACCAAAGAUGAGCACUUUGAGCAAUGUGUGAUAAACCUACAUGACCAGCAGAAUGAUGCAUACAAAAUUUACAAAGAUCUUAAAGCGUACCUGAACGCUGUCAGAGUAAUGAGGGAUGCUUCAAGUCGACUGUUUCAGUCCCUGUUUGAUGCGUAUGACCCUGAGUGGAAUGCUGCAGAGGAUCUUGGGCCAGUUGUGGAGAGUGAAGAUCUUAUGUGGAAUGACUAUGAGGAUAAGCUGCGAGAUCAGGCGUUGCUCACCAUGGAUUCCUACAUGAGCCAGUUCCCAGAUGUCAGGGAACGAGUGGCCAAGAGAGGCAGGAAGCUUGUAGACUAUGACUCCGCUCGGCACAGCGUGACAGGGCUGAAGAAUGCAAAAAAGAAGGAUGAUGUCAAAAUUGGGAAGGCAGAGGAUGAGAUGAACGCAGCCAAGGUGAUUUUUGAGGAUAUAAACAGAGAACUGAAAGAGGAGCUGCCUAAUCUAUUUGACAGUCGCAUUGGAUGUUAUGUGACAGUCUUCCAAGCCAUUACCAGCUUAAGAGAAAUCUUCUACAAGGAAAUGACCAAGAACAAUAUAGAUCUACAGACUGUGAUGAAAGAGCUGAAAGCCCAGCAUCCAGAUAAGACCUUCUCGGUGAAGAACUUCAACCGCUCAGGUUCCUUGAGGAGAAGGUCAUUACGAGAUACUUUGUCUCCCAAAUCACUUAAAACCUUUUAUGAUUUCCACGUGAGUCACAGCCCCAGAGGCUCUCUCAGGAGAGAUAACUCAUCGAGUUUUAAGUCUGACAAACCAAAAUAUGAACCAUACAGCCCUAAAAAGACCACUCCCACCAGCCCCCAACCUCAUUAUGAGAACGUUCCUCCUGGCAGAGAUACAGAUGCUAGUUCAAUAGACUAUCCCAAAGAGGAAGAUGAGCCACAUGUGGACAACACCAGCACCACUGAAGAUAAACCAGUGGAGGAUGAGAAGAAAGCGAACGAGUCUUCAACAGCCACAAACCAGGAUGAACAAGAAGACAGCCAUGUGUCAAAAGAUGAUUUAUCCUCUGAGAACGAGAGUGAACCUCAAGCAAACUCGACUCCUACAGAAUGUACCAAAGUCAAAACCAACAUGGCCUCGAAUGACUCUCAGGAACCGGAGAAGGUGGAGGACCUCAGGCCCUCUGGUGUGGAGAAUGGCGUAGGUCCUGGCAGUCAGUCAGAUGGGGAACAAACCGAAGCUUCAGAAAAAGUGAGUUCUGUGGAGGGUGAUCAUCCAUCAGGAAAAGGGAAGGAAGAACUGAAAGCAGAGGCCUAACCCUAAAUACAGGACAAAGGAAAAUACGCUGGGUUUAGUACUCAGAAACCUGCCAGUGCCAGGAAAUAUUCAUCAGAAGAGAAUAUUUUCCAGUGUUGUGCUCACUUUAAUUUCAUAAAUCAUGUUUUGCCAUCACCAAUGAUAUGUGUUUGUAAAGAAAUUGAUUAUUGUUCAAUUAUAGAUAUAUAAAAUGAACCAAGUAAAAGAAAAAUCAUGAUUGUUUUAACUUUGCUUGAUUAUUUUUACCCUCACUUCUUGUCAGGAUGUUGACAUUUUUUUAUUAAUACAUUAUUAUUUUAACGUGACAUUCAAAGUAGGCUAUAUUAAAAUGAUUUAAUCGGUACAUUUGUAUGUUCUUAAC